UAUACUCACAGCAAAGCCUCCAUCUGUCUCAUGGAUUAUAGAUCUAAAUUGUGAGUGAAGUCCACGUUUGGAUGAGACUUGAUUAAAAAAGGAAAGUAUUCAGGCAAAUGCUCAGAGUAGAUGGGAAUUUUGUUCCCAAAGAUACCUGUGAGUCCAAGUUGAAGGAAAUAUUAACUUUGGAUGCUGGGGGAGAAAAAGACUUCAGCAUCCUUCCAGCCUCUGACAUAGCAGAUGGCUUCAGUAACAGAUGCCAGAUACAGGCAGAAAGAUACUUCAGAUCAAAAUUUUGAUUACAUGUUCAAACUCCUGAUCAUUGGCAACAGCAGUGUGGGUAAAACGUCCUUCCUCUUCAGAUACGCAGAUGACACGUUUACACCAGCCUUUGUUAGCACAGUAGGAAUUGACUUCAAAGUGAAAACCGUUUAUAGGAAUGACAAGCGAGUGAAACUGCAGAUUUGGGACACAGCUGGACAGGAGCGGUACAGGACCAUCACUACAGCAUAUUACCGCGGAGCCAUGGGCUUCAUCCUCAUGUACGACAUCACCAGCGAAGACUCGUUCAACGCAGUGCAGGACUGGGCCACACAAAUCAAGACUUACUCUUGGGAUAAUGCACAAGUGAUCCUGGUUGGGAACAAAUGUGACAUGGAGGAUGAAAGAAUUGUUCCUCUGGAGAAAGGGAAACACCUAGCUGAUCAGCUAGGUUUUGAUUAUUUUGAAGCCAGCGCCAAAGAAAACAUCAACGUAAGACAGGUGUUUGAGCGACUUGUGGAUAUAAUCUGUGAAAAGAUGUCAGAGAGCUUAGAAUCUGACCCUUCCAGGGGCACUUCUGGAAGGAGCAUGCGACUCACAGACAACCCACCCCCUUUGCAGCAGAACUGCUCCUGUUAGUGCCCUUUCUCUUUGAGAAAUGUCAUCCCCCUUUCCUGGUGAAAUUUCCUCUUCAUUUAUGGUGUUGCUUUAUCAUGUAGCGCAAAAGCAGGAGUCCCUGUUAUAGGAAACUGGUAUGUUUGCUUAAUGUCCCAGAGUGCUUAAUAUAUUUCCUCAUCCAAUAAUUUAACAAAAUUCUGAAUAAAUAUUGUAAGUGCACCUAGUGUUAGUGUGUAAAUUAUGUUGAACUGUAUAGUGUUGUAAACAUUAUUUCCACAGAAUUUUUUUUAUUGUUAUAAAUUAUUUUAUUGCAGACAGAAUUUUACUUCAACAACAGCAGGGAAUACAAGAGUACUGCUCUGUUCAGUACCUUGCCAUGCCUUGUUCUUUGUUUCUAGAGUCACAAGACCUGAGGAUCCUGCAGCUUUUUCACAGUAUCUUGCAGUUUUUUAUCUCUGUAGGUUUGGACCUGCCCUCUGCCACUCUCUGAUCAACUGUUUGAUGGAGAAUGUUUUGCAGGAUGAAGGAAAUGAGGUGUCUGUCACAGGCUUGGCUGGAGGCAUAAUCUGCAUGUAAAACUUGAAACAGCCCUUAUCUCAGACAGAUCAAAAUAUUUGGAGCCAAAAUGUAAGUGGUAGUAAAAACUACUGCUCUCAACCAAAAGCACUGAUGAACUG